GAUAGCCAUUUGGUUGGGGUGUUAGUUUGUUGAACCGUUUCGUUUUUUGUUCGAGAUUACGUUCACGUGACCGCGUGUGUAUAUUAUCAUAAAUUGUGUAUGUGUGUGUGAGUGAUCGUUUGUAUUGUUAAUUACUCUAUGGUGUGAUCUCAAACAAAAAUAAAUAAUAUUAGCCAUUUUUUCUACCAUGUCGCUACGAAAUCGCGCGUGUGUUAUCGACCAGUGAAUAUUUGAAAAAAUAAUUAUUGUUACGGUCAUACAUUUGGUUCGGUAAUUUUAAUUAUUAUUUCGUUUGACGGUUGUGCAUAUUGGAUUUAGAAAAUAUCACGAAAAUGACUCGUUGGAAAGUAAACUGGCAGUUUUCCAUUCAGAUGGUUUUGUUGAUACUGUUAUUCGUCAGCGUUGAAGGUCAAUAUAGGAAGCCCAGGAUUACUGAGCACCCGACGGAUAUUACUGUGCCCAAGAAUGAACCGAUCACGUUGAAUUGCAAAGCCGAGGGAAGGCCAGAGCCAGUAAUAGAAUGGUAUAAAGACGGCGAACCUUUAAAAAUUCCGCCUAAUGGAGCGGCUGCCAGUGCUGGUGGAGAUAGUGGAACUAGAUCGCAGAAAGUAAUUUUAUCAGACGGAUCGUUGUUUUUCCUGAGAGUGGCGCACAACAAGAAGGAACAGGAUAGCGGAGUUUAUUGGUGCGUUGCAAAAAACGUGGCUGGUACUGAAGUCAGCCGAAACGCCACGCUACAAGUAGCAGUGUUGAAGGAUGAAUUUAAGAUCGAACCUAAAGACACUAAAGUGGCUCAAGGACAAACAGCCCUGUUAGAAUGCAGUCCGCCCAAAGGACACCCGGACCCUGUUGUGGUGUGGAAAAAAGAUGGAGAUGACGUUCACAUUGAGUCGUCCACCAGGAUGCGAAUCGUAGACGGAGGCAAUCUGAUGAUAACAAACGUUCAACAGGAUGACAGCGGUGAAUAUCUAUGCGUCGCCCAGAAUAUUGUUGCGAUGAGAGAGAGUGUUUCAGCCAAACUCACCGUAAACGUCAAACCAUUUAUGAUUUCUGAGCCAAAAGAUGUAACGGUUCUCACUGGGCAAACCGCAGAAUUCGAGUGUAAAGUUGGUGGCGACCCCAACCCUAAUAUAUACUGGGAACGAGAAGGCAGCAAAAUGCCAUUUGGCCGAGCACAAAUUUUAGACAAUAAAUCGCUAAGGAUAAUUAACGUAAUGGCCCAUGACGAAGGACUAUAUGUGUGCAACGCUGAGAACGACGUGGGCACCGAAAAGGUUAAAGCCACGUUAACCGUACACUCCCCUCCUACGUUUGUGACCAGGCCAAAAGAUCAAAAAAUAGGACUUAAUGGUAUCGCAACUUUCGACUGCGCUGCUCAGGGUAAUCCACCACCUUCUGUGUUCUGGACUCGAGAGGGGUCUCAAGUACUUAUGUUUCCUGGAAAUGCAUACGGACACUUCCAUGUCACUCAAGAAGGAACCCUACGAAUUCAAGGCGCACAAAAAGAGGAUGCUGGAUUUUUAGUGUGCUCUGGCUUAUCCGUGGCUGGUUCAACAACUUAUAGAGCCUAUUUACAGGUGACUUCUGUACAAGACGUUCCUCCACCGGUAGUUGACAUAGGUCCUACCAAUCAAACAUUAGCUACUAGAUCUACUGCUACGUUACCCUGUCAAGCAUCUGGUAUCCCAUUACCGACAGUUAAAUGGUACAGAAAUGGUAAUCAUUUGUCUCCCGGUGAUCCCAGAGUGACUAUAACAUCUUCAGGAACGUUACAAAUAGAUGAACUCGAGGUAUCCGAUUCUGGACUUUAUACUUGUACCGCAUCAUCUGAAAGUGGAGAAACAUCGUGGUCGGCUUCAUUAAGUGUUGAAGAAUCUCCUGGUUCUCGUCUUCAUCGGGCACCAGAUCCUGCCAUGUUUCCAGCUGCUCCCUCAGUGCCAACUAUAGUAAAUGUCACUCGAAAUUCUGUUACAGUCACGUGGAAACCACCAACUCCACAUUUAGGCGCAUCUCCAAUUAUCGGAUACACAUUAGAAUACUACAGUUCAGAUUUACAGACAGGAUGGGUAGUUGCAGCACAUCGCAUAUCUACCAAUAUUAUGGUGGUUGAUAAUCUAAAGCCGGAUACCACCUAUGUGUUCAUGGUGAGAGCAGAGAACUCUCAUGGGUUAAGCGUACCUAGUGCGUUAUCUGCUGUAGUUAAAACCGGCGGCUCUAAUGCUGUUAUUACACAACAAUCUUUGGACGAGGCAAGAGAAAAACUUAGUAAUAAAGUGAUAGAUUUCAAAGAACUGUUCUCUAUAUCUUCAACAUCGGUUCGAAUUAUGUGGGAGGUUCUCAAUAGUCCAGAAUGGGUGGAAGGUGUUUAUGUACGUUUCAGAGAACUUUCAGGUGGUUCACAAACUUAUAACAUGAUAACAGUUAUGAUGAAUAAUGGUGAACCAAAAUCAUACACUCUAGCUAACCUUCGAAAAUUCACUAAGUAUGAUUUCUUCUUAGUACCAUUUUUCAAGACUGUUGAAGGCCAACCAUCUAACUCCAUGGUUGUACAAACUCAUGAAGACAUACCAUCAGCAGCUCCAGAAGAUAUUCAAGCUGGAAUGAUAAAUGCUACAUCAGCUUUUAUAAAAUGGAAUGCUCCACCCCCACAACAUAUAAAUGGUGUUUUAUUGGGGUAUAAAAUUCAAGUGAAAAACAAUAAUGCUUCGAAACCUAUGGUACAAGAAAACCUAAACGCUUCUGCUACCUACAUCUUAUUAAAUUUAACUGUAGGUGGAAGCUUUACGGCUAGGGUACAAGCAUACACUCGAAGUGGUUAUGGUCCCUAUAGUGCUCCUGUUCCAAUCAUUAUGGAUCCAGCAUAUCCAUCAAGAGCUUACUCAAAUAAUAACAAUGGUGAAGCGUGGAUUAUUAUUUUAUUAGCAGUGUUGGUAGUUAUGCUUGCAUGUGUAAUUGUCACUGUAAUAUAUUUAAAACGUAAACAAAAUGCUGGAAAACAACUUGGCCAUUUUAAUGUUCCUGUAGUUAGUGGAGACCUAUCACAAUUAAGUAUGUUGAGUGGUGGCAAAGAAGCAUUAUGGAUUGAUCGUGGGUGGCGUAACACAGAAAAAGACCCUGAAUCAAAAUUGCUCAAUGGUGGCAUUGGUCGUUGUGAACCAUGUGCUGAUUAUGCUGAAGUUGAUACCAGAAAUUUAUCUACUUUUUAUAAUCCACGUAAAGAUCACAUUUCUAAUCCGACACCAUAUGCUACAACCACACUACUUAAUCGUGGAGAUGAUUGCAAUGAAUCUACACAUCUAUUUGGAGCUGCAAGUAGCUCAUCUGAAACUAAAACCCUUAGUUCUAAUGGCUCUUGUCAUGAUCAAAAUAUGUCUUCUAACCACUAUUUAGAUGAAACAACCGAUUUCAACAAUCAUAAAAGAAAACCUCCUAUAUAUCCUGUCAAUCAGCCACCACCUAACUGGAAUGAAUUUCUGCCACCGCCCCCACAACAUCCUCCAUCAGAUGUCAUUAGAAAAACUUCUCAGUCAAAUGGAGGAAGUCCUCAAGCCAGUCGUCGUAUACACACUGGUAGUUUCCCAAAACCAUCACAUAUGCAGACCAGUAAAUCUUUGGCGGGUAGCUGUAAUGGUUAUACACCUGCUUGGAUAUAUACUGGUCAAAGUAAUGAACAUAGAUUUAACCCACCACCAUCUACACAACCACCACCGGUGCCUGGAUCUCAUCCCUCUAUGUGUAAUAUUUCCUCUUGUCAAGGAAUUGACAGGUCCAACAAAUAUGGUUCAAAGAACCAUAUGCAUUCUGACUAUGACUAUGAGAGUGCUUCUCUUCUUUAUGGUCAUGUCAAUGCUAUGCAUCAUGUUAAUGGAAGUAAACGGUCGCCAGAUGAAAUAAAUACAUGCUGUUCAGAGGGCAAUAGCAUUGAUCGUUGUGUUCAAUCUAACUUACCUGGUUUAGUGUACAAACAUCAUUCAGAACAAUGGCGAGGAAAUAAUGGAUGGUGUGACAAUGGUGACGAUGGUCCUGGUGGAGGAGAUGAUAAAGGAAGUUGUAGCAGUGGAUGUUCUUGUAGCGAAUCAUCAUGCCUUUAUGCUGAAGCAGAUAUUCAAUGCAAUGGUGCUCGAAAAUAAAUGCAUAAUUAUGCUUUGUUACACUGAUCUAAGUUAUUAUACAACAGAAGAUGUUAUAGUUAUUAUAUGCCACCAAAUGUCUUCUUUUUGAAUUUGUUAUAAAAUACCUUUAACUUGACCUAAUAACUUUUUAAAAAUAAAUGAGUUAUAAUAUUGUACUCAUUAUUUGAGAUUUAUAUUAGUGUUCAUAUUGUUACUAAGUAUACUACUUUUGUAAAAAUUUUGUAUUUACUUAAUACUUGUGAGCUAUUUUACUGAAACGUUUGAAGAUCAAAACUUUUUUUAGAUAUUGUAAAUAAUUAUUACUUAUUGUUAUUUAAUUUUGUAUACUUUGGUAUUUUAUGAUAUAGUUCCUUUGUUUGUUUUUAUUUAUGACAUUGUUGUGAUAGAUUCUAUUAUUAUUUUUAUUAAAAAGUAGAUUUUUUUAUAA